UUCCUCAAAAUAAGUAAGACACUUUAAUCUAGAGUUUCGCAACUCUGUUGCAGACCAAAGUUAAGAUAUCAGUAAUCUAUGUCCUCAGAGACAUAGAAGAAUAUAUUGAAAGGACCAAAGCAAUUUUAAUAGCCUUGAAGAUCCCUUUCAGAGUCAUUAGGAGUAUUCAGAGAUUUGAUGAGGUUCUUAAUGAACUUCAAGAUCGGAAUAGUGGGACUAUUAACAUUGUUUACACUAGAUAUAUGGGGAAACAGGCAGAGCUGACUUUCUACGGCAAGGCUUCAAUCAAAAGAGACUUCUACAGCCAUGAAUUAAUCAUCAAGACAGGUAACUGGGAUAAUAAUGAAACUACUACUAAGAUCCUCAAUGAGGUCAAGGUAUGCCUGAUGAGCAAUUUCUAUAGUUCUCGGAGAUUACAGAUGAAAUUCAAGAUGAAGAGUUUUACUAAAAAAUUCAAAAAGAUUUCUCCUUAACCAAAUCUCAGUAUAUGACUCUUCAUUGUAAAGAUCCCUUUAGCUGGGACCAAUGGAGAGGUGUAAUAAAUUUUAUUCUAAAGCUAACAGAAAACCCUAAGAGUAAUUUCAUUCGGAUCCCCAAUAGAUGUGACAGAGCUCCUUUCAUUUAGCUCAAAUGAAGAAGAAGCACAAUCAAUAGGACUUCUCAAGAAUGUUUCAUUUUUUUAACAAUUUUUGGAAAAACUCAAGAUUAUUGUUCCAAGACGAUAGCAUCUCAGUAUUCUGUUUUAGGAAGAAGGAAGAAAAGCUUCAACAAAAUGGCUUAAUGAGAACUUUUGAAGUAUGAAAAGCCAGAUUGAUUAGGAACCCACAAGAGCACAUUCUGCGUUGCAAGUUCAUCUCGUACCUAGCACAUAAAGGUUUGGCUCUCUCAGAUCUGAUGAACACUAUAAUAAUCCGUAACAAUAUUGGCACCCCUGACUUAUGGGUGGAUCAUACCUCCUAAAAUCUGUGAACAUCAAAUAUGUACUCAAAAAUCUACACAAGUAAGUUUAGGUGUACCAGCUCUAGCAUGCUUCAAGCACCUGAACCCAAGCUGUUGUGAGACAGUCAAGCUAGUGAAAGAGUUAAGCUUUGAAGAAGAGAAAACAGAUUUCAAAGAAUUUGUGAACAAGAUUUACCUUAAUAACCAUUGCUUAGCUUUGCCAUGCAAAAAUGUGCUGGUAACUCUUAAUCAAGCAUCA